GAGAGGAGCAGUGUAGCUCAAUGUCCGCAACCCGCCCUUGCCCCGCCCCCGGCGGCUCCCAGCCCCAACCGGGACCAGCCCGAGCCGGGUCAGAGCCCGGGCCCACACCCUGGGCGGGACGGUCCCGCCUGCCCCGGCGCCCGUAGGCGCCCUGUUGGCAAUGGGCUUCAGCGCUUCGCCAGGCGCAUGCGCGGCCCUCUGUCUCCAGAGGCUUCCUCGGGUCACCUGGACGACCGCAUUUCAGCCACCUGCCCCUCCGGGUCUCUUCUCGCCCUUCACUCCUCCUGCUGAUCCUCCCCUCCGGCCCCCCGCCUUCUCCUUGUUCCGCAGGCGCCGCUAGGCCCUCCCGCGGUCGCCCGCCGACACCCGGGCUUCCACUGACACGAGCCUCUCGGCGCGGCUUCCGCUUCCGGCGAGUAUUGUGUGUCGCGCUGUGGGGCGGGGGCGGGGGGAGGAGGAAGGAGGGAGGCAGCGCUCCGGCGGCCCUGCGCCCCGCACUCCCGGACCCGAAGCCGGGAAGUUAAAUAAUGGCAGAGACAAGCCUGUUAGAGGCCGGGGCCUCUGCAGCCUCCACAGCUGCAGCUCUGGAGAACUUACAGGUGGAGGCAAGUUGCUCUGUGUGCCUGGAGUAUCUGAAGGAGCCUGUCAUCAUUGAGUGUGGGCACAACUUCUGCAAAGCUUGCAUCACUCGCUGGUGGGAGGACCUAGAGAGGGAUUUCCCUUGUCCUGUAUGUCGAAAGACGUCCCGCUACCGCAGUCUCCGACCUAAUCGACAGCUGGGCAGCAUGGUGGAAAUUGCCAAGCAGCUCCAGGCCGUCAAGCGGAAGAUCCGAGAUGAGAGCCUCUGCCCCCAGCACCAUGAAGCCCUCAGCCUCUUCUGCUAUGAGGACCAGGAGGCUGUGUGUUUGAUAUGUGCAAUUUCCCACACCCACCGGGCCCACACCGUCGUGCCACUGGACGAUGCCACACAGGAGUACAAGGAAAAACUGCAGAAGUGCCUGGAGCCCCUGGAGCGGAAGCUGCAGGAGAUCACCCGCUGCAAGUCCUCUGAGGAGAAGAAGCCUGGGGAACUCAAGAGACUAGUGGAGAGUCGUCGACAGCAGAUCCUAAAGGAAUUUGAAGAGCUUCAUCGGCGGCUGGAUGAAGAGCAGCAGGUGUUACUUUCACGACUAGAGGAGGAGGAACAGGACAUUCUACAGCGCCUCCGAGAAAAUGCUGCUCACCUUGGAGACAAGCGCCGGGACCUGGCCCACUUGGCUGCUGAGGUGGAGGGCAAGUGCUUACAGUCGGGCUUCGAGAUGCUUAAGGAUGUCAAAAGUACCCUGGAAAAAUGUGAGAAGGUGAAGACCAUGGAGGUGACUUCAGUAUCCAUAGAGCUGGAAAAGAACUUCAGCAAUUUCCCCCGACAGUAUUUUGCACUAAGGAAAAUCCUUAAACAGCUAAUUGCGGAUGUGACCCUGGACCCUGAGACUGCUCAUCCUAACCUAGUCCUGUCGGAAGAUCGUAAGAGCGUCAAGUUCGUGGAGACAAGACUCCGGGAUCUCCCUGAUACACCACAGCGUUUCACCUUCUACCCUUGUGUCCUGGCUACUGAGGGUUUCACCUCAGGUCGACACUACUGGGAGGUGGAGGUGGGUGACAAGACCCACUGGGCAGUGGGUGUGUGCCGGGACUCUGUGAGCCGAAAGGGCGAACUGACCCCACUGCCUGAGACUGGCUACUGGCGGGUGCGGCUGUGGAACGGGGACAAGUAUGCAGCCACCACCACACCUUUUACCCCUUUGCACAUCAAGGUGAAACCCAAGCGGGUAGGCAUAUUCCUAGACUAUGAGGCCGGUACACUGUCUUUUUACAACGUCACAGACCGCUCUCAUAUCUACACCUUCACUGAUACUUUUACUGAGAAACUUUGGCCCCUCUUCUACCCAGGCAUCCGGGCUGGUCGGAAGAAUGCUGCACCACUUACCAUCAGGCCCCCAACAGAUUGGGAGUGACAGGUGGGGACAUGGGAAUAAUCAGGGUGAGGCAGGGUCAAGAGCUACGGGCCUUCCUUCCUGUGACCUGCUGGAACGUCUUCGUGUCUGCCUGGUUCCAGUCCUGAACCAUCUGGGAGAACACCUUGGUUUCUAGAAUGGUUUAUGGGGAGGAGUAGUUAGGACUGGGCUGGGACGAGAGCACUGCAGUGUCUCCCUCCUCACUGUUAGGGUGGAGAGCUGGUUCCCAGAGGGUAGUCUCCUCUGAAGUCCAUCAGGUUUUCUAUCGCACAAGGAUGGGUUGGAAGGAAGGAGAGGCUUUUCCAGAAACAACAAGUCUGUGGGAGGGUCUGACUUGCUCAAACCAGAGGAGGAAACAGAAACCCCUGUACAUCCUUUUAGGGGGUUCUUUGACCCAAAAUAGUCUUGUUUUUUUAGGAAGAUCACAGGGGUCUUUGUACCUCUAAAUUGAAAUAAAGAUGAAUGACAGUUGCUCUCGUGGGUGUAGAAGUUGAGGAGUUAUUUUCAGGGCAGAGAUUGGGCAUCAAGAAGGUUAGAAAGAAGGUCAGGAAAGGGGGCUAAAUGAACAGAUUCCUAAAGACCAAUGAAGGGGAGAAGGGUUUCUUUGGUUGCCAUUAUGAGUAGGAUUGGCCAGA